AUGAAUUCCUCCUCGCGAUCUCUCUCUUCUGCCACUACCGAAGAGGGCAAUUAUACCAAAAAUACUCAUGGAGAUGACGUGCAAAGGGGUCAGACUGUCUCUGUUGAAAAUGGCAUCGAUGUACCAUAUCUCGGAACCGCGGUCUCUGAUCCAGGGAAUGACUAUAACUCUUCAAGUUCCCCGUCUAAGCUAUCUCAAUACCUUUUCACGGAACUGAAUCCAAGACGUGCCGAUAUCAUCUUGAUAAUCUGCGGGUUCGUCGGUGGCCUAGUCGAUGGCCUGUCAUUUAACGCAUGGGGGAGUUUCUCAAGUAUGCAGACAGGCAAUACUGUGUUCAUCGCCCUAGGUGCCUCGGGGCAACCAGCAUACCCAGCGUAUCUGUGGGCAAAGUCCCUCAUCGCCCUGACUGUUUUUCUACUCGGCAACCUUUUCUUCAUCCAUAUUUCUCGUGCCCUGACUCCGCUUCGACGAUCAACACUCAUCCUGUCUUUCGGCCUGCAGACUUCUUGUCUCAUCGUUGCCGCCGCCGUUGUCCAGGCCGGCAUCGUCAGCCCCAAACCAGAAGACCCCCGCGCCCCGAUCCAAUGGAUGCAAAUCCUUCCAAUCACCCUGCUUGCCUUCCAAGCCGCUGGUCAGAUAGUCUCAUCCCGACUGCUGGCUUUCGAUGAGAUUCCUACAGUGGUCCUCACCACCCUUCUGUGUGACCUGCUCGUCGACACAAAGCUGUAUACACGCCCUUGGUCGGCUAACCCGAAAAGAAAUCGAAGGAUCGCGGCGUUCCUAGCUCUCUUCAUCGGUGCCAUGACCUCCGGCGGUCUCUCGAAAACUACUUCUAUGGCAAGUAGCUUGUGGUUGGCGGUUGGGCUUAAAGGAGCCAUUACCUUGUCCUGGUUUGUUUGGAAAGAUACUUCCGACUCAAAGACGCCGAAGCAAGACAGUCCUGUCUAG